CUCAAUUAGUUCUGAGACCAUUCCAUUUGAAUAGGGACCAAAACAGCAGAAAACCCUCUUUUAUUUUCAAAAUUACCCUUUUCGAGCUUGGAGUUCCCAACAACUAUCUUAUUCCUUCACUCACUCCUCUCUGCGCUUGGCUAUGGAAAAAACGCACAGCUCCAGCGCAGAGGAGCAGGAUCCGACCCGGCGCCACCUGGAUCCCCCACCCGGGUUAACUGCUGAAGAGUUCGAGGACCUCAAACCCUCCGUGCUGGAGCACCACACCUACUCCGUCACACCCACCCGCCAAAGCUCCUCCCUCCUCGCGCAGCGCAUCCACGCGCCACCACACGCGGUGUGGUCCGUCGUGCGCUGCUUCGACAACCCACAGGCCUACAAGCACUUCAUCAAGAGCUGCCACGUCAAGGAGGGCUUCCAGCUCGCCGUGGGGUCCACCCGCGAUGUCCACGUCAUCUCAGGGCUACCGGCUGCCACCAGCACCGAGCGCCUCGACCUGCUCGACGACGACAGACACGUCAUCGGCUUCACCAUCGUCGGGGGCGACCACAGGCUCAGGAACUACCGGUCAGUCACCUCGGUGCACGGGUUCGAGUGCGACGGAAAGAUCUGGACCGUUGUUCUGGAAUCGUACGUCGUGGACGUGCCCGAAGGGAACACCGAGGAGGACACGCGUCUGUUUGCUGAUACUGUUGUGAAGCUGAAUCUGCAGAAGCUGGCGUCUGUCAGCGAAGGAAUGUGCGGUGACGGUGACGGUGACGGUGACGGUAAGGGUAAUAAAUCAUAGUUUGCGCGACCCAAACCCGAAGAAGAAAAAGAAAAGGUUCGAAAUUGAAAAUUAAAAAAGAAGGAAAUCAUUCGGAAAGCUUUUUUUUUUAUCUUUUUUUAUUGGAAGUGUUUUUGUUUCUAUUUUUGGGUGAACAUGUUAUUAUUACUAUUAUUAGUUUUAUUUUUCACUGUUUGAAAUUACUAGCAUGUCCUUUGUUUGGUGGAUUGGCCAGGUUGAACUUGUUUCACGUGGGAAAUAAAGUGGUGGCUUUAUUUGUUAUUUCAAA